ACAGUGAAAAAAGACAGUGUGAAACAAGACAGUGUGAAACAAGACAGUGUAAAACAAAACAGUGUGAAACAAAACAGUGUGAAACAAGAGAGUGCGAAACAAGAAAAUGUGAAACAAGACAGUGUGAAACAAGACAAUGUGAAACAAGACACUGUGAAACAAGACAUUGUGAACCAAGACAACGUGAAACAAGACAGUGUGAAACGAGACAAUGUGAAACAAGACAGUGUGAAACAACACAUUGUGAAACAAGACAAUGUGAAACAAGACAAUGUGAAACAAGACAGUGUCAAACAAGACAGUGUGAAACAAGAAAAUGUGAAAAGACAGUGUGAAACAAAACAGUGUGAAACAAGUCAGUGUAAAACAAGAAAGUGUGAAACAAGACAUUGUGAAACAAGACAGUGUGAAAGAAGACAGUGCAAAACAAGACAGUGUGAAACAAGACAGUGUGAAAGAAGACAGUGCAAAACAAGUCAGUGUGAAACAAGACAGUGUGAAACAAGAAAGUGUGAAACAAGACAGUGUGAAACAAGACAUUGUGAAACAAGACAGUGUGAAAGAAAACAGUGCAAAACAAGACAGUGUGAAACAAAACAGUGUGAAACACGUCAGUGUAAAACAAAAAAGUGUGAAACAAGUCAUUGUGAAACAAAACAGUGUGAAACAAGACAGUGUGAAACACGAUAG